AUGGAGACAGAGAGAACGGGAUUUCAAACGAAGUAUGAACCUCACCCAUCACAGCUGGUUGAAGGAGGCCAUGUCAGCAAAAAGGCGGGCAUCCGAGAGCUUCGUGAUGCGAUACCCGACUAUUGCUUCAACCCGAACCUUUUCUGGUCCUUCUUCUAUCUGAUACGGGACCUAACUUAUUCGGCCAUCCUCCUCGUCACCCUUCACAAACUUCUAAACAUUCACGCGGUCGUUUCAUCCACUCCCCUCUACUAUCUUGUCGUCAACAUCUAUGGUUUCUGUCAAGGCAUAGUCUGGACAGGUCUCUGGGUCUUGGCCCAUGAUGCUGGCCACUCCGGUUUCAGCAACUCAUCCACUCUCAACGACGCAGUCGGCUUCAUCCUGCAUUCAUUCCUUCUUGCACCCUACUUCUCCUGGAAGUCGACGCAUCGCCGACAUCACAUUUACGCCAACCACAUCGACAAGGAUCUCAACUACGUUCCUCCGCGACGCAAAGAAUAUGCCCGUAAGAUCGGGGUCGCGGUAGAGUUUCUCGAUGAAGUGGGUGAGGAUGCCCCGGUGGUGUUGUUUCUGAGGAUCUUGCUACAGCAACUGAUUGGCUGGAACUGGUACAUCCUUUCAAACAUCACUUGCCCUCCUUCCGCCGUGAUAAAGAAGAAUAUGAGCGUCUGGCGCCACUCGCACUUCGACCCGUGGGGCGCCCUUUUCCGGUCUUCUGAAGUCCUCUCCAUUAUUUUGAGCGACAUUGGCUGUCUUGCCACCAUUACUGGACUCUAUUACCUCUAUCUGCGCCUCGGCUCCUUCGAGACCGUGUUCUGGAUCUACAUAGUUCCGUGGACGUGGGUGAACCAUUGGAUCGUUAUGAUCACCUAUUUGCAUCACACCCACCCCUCAGUACCAAAGUACACCAGUGAUUCCUGGACAUUUAUCCGCGGUGCCACAGCAACAAUAGACAGAGACUUCGGUUUCAUUGGCACCCAUUUCUUCCACCACAUCAGCAGCGAUCAUGUCACGCACCAUCUCUUUUCCAAGAUCCCGCAUUACUAUUCACCGAUCGCCAGCAAAGCUAUUAUUCCGCUACUAGGUAAUCAUUACCAUGGGAAAGGCACGUUUGGAUAUGAUGAUUUGAAGGUGGCUUUCUCAUACUGUCAGUGGGUGGAGACGGACAGGGAAAAGGAUGUGAGCCUUGGGCUGAGGAGCGAAGGGGAGCUUGGAGAGGAGGAGGAAGCCAAGAAUGGGGCGUUGUGGUACAGAAAGGGGAUCAGUCCAGGACCCGAAUAUAAGCAACGAGAGGCGAGGCUGUUUAGUCAAGGUGACGUGGACAAGACGGAGGCCAUAUGA